AUGCCUACUAAAACAUGGUCGUCGCAAACAGGCGACACAGCAGUGUCGUCAAGAACUUCAACACCUGCGAUACCUGAAAAGCCUAACGAAGAUGCUUCAUCUUCAUACGACCAUCAGGUUAUGGAGGAUAGAAGUAAGGGAGAGACUGGAUCUGGUCUGGACGAUGCGCCAACCGAUGCUCCAAGCACUGGUGGCUUCACUUUACUCAUGACCGUCACAGCUUUGGCUCUGAGCAUGUUUUUGGUUUCGCUAGAUAUGACCAUUGUCGCAACGGCAAUCCCGAAGAUCACCGAUGAGUUUGGUGGGAUUGAGGAGGAGGCUUGGUACGGUUCAGCGUUUUUCAUUACACUAGGAAGCUUCCAAGCGGCGUGGGGGAAAGGAUACAAGUACUUUCCGCUGAAGAUAUCCUUCCUCGUGUCAAUCUUUCUCUUUGAGGUUGGCAGUUUAGUGUGCGGUGUCGCGCCGAAUAGUAUUGCGCUCAUUGUUGGACGGGCUAUCACCGGCGUCGGAGGCGCUGGAAUUUCUUCGGGUGCCUUUACCAUUAUCGCAUUAUCCGCACCACCUAGACAGCGGCCAGCAUAUAUUGGAAUCCUGGGUGCCUCUUAUGGAAUCGCUGCAGCUAUUGGACCUCUGGUUGGCGGUGCUUUCACUACCAACGUUACCUGGCGAUGGUGUUUUUAUAUCAAUUUGCCGAUUGGCGGACUGGCAGCCGGAAUCAUCCUGUUCUUCUACCGACCUCCUCCUCCAUUGCCCUUCCUGAAUACACCACUGAAAGAGAAGAUACUCCAAAUGGACCUACCUGGUACCUUGAUCCUCGUUUCGGCUCUGGUCUGCUAUGUCCUUGCCCUACAGUGGGGUGGUGUGUCGUUGUCGUGGGGCGAUUCUAAAGUUGUCGGAACAUUAGUUGGAUUUGGUGUGCUGUUAGUUGCCUUUGCUAUUGUGCAAUGGGCACAAAAGGAACGCGCCGCAAUGAUUGGGCGACUGUUCCGCCGAAAUGUAGUGAUCAUGAUGAUCUACAUUGACCUGCUAGCGGGAACCUUUUUCUUGCUGGUAUACUACCUGCCAAUCUACUUCCAGGUGGUGUCGGGUGUCUCUGCUGCCCAGAGCGGAAUCCGGAACCUGCCUCUGAUCCUUGGCCAAAGUGUUUCGACUGUCAUAUCUGGUGUUGCCCUCAGCAGGUUUGGAUACCCACAACCAUUCCUCUUGGUUGGGGGAGUACUCACCGCGAUUGGAUCAGGCCUGCUGUACACGCUUGACGUUAAUACUGGCUCUGGAAAAUGGAUUGGCUACCAGCUGCUAGCAGGUAUCGGCAUUGGAUGGUGCUUCCAAGUUCCUGUGGUGACGGCACAGGCGUCUGUCGCGCCGGAGGAUCUACCGUCUGUGACGGCCAUGGUAUUAACCGUACAAACCCUAGGGGGAUCAGUCUUCGUUUCAGCCGGCCAAUCAGCUAUGGUCAAUGUUCUUCUCAAACACCUCCAGAGUGAGACGUCAACCGUAGAUGCCUUCAAGGUUGCGAUGACAGGCGCAACGGAGCUGCGCCAAAAGUUCUCUUCCGCUCAAAUGCAGUUCAUACUGACUGCCUAUAUGGAUGGCCUCCAGGCGGCAUUUCUGGUGGCCGUUGUCGCGUCCAGCGUGGCCACGUGGUCUGUUUGGCGACUCGGUGGGUUAAAUUCUCGGGUCAAACUACUGCUGCUGCCGCUGCAUGAUGACAGUGCUAGAAAUCUGUGUUGUAAUACCAGCUUUGGAAAUAUUUUUAGAUUUACAACCAUCAGUGCGAUGAUGCGGACUCAUCAGCAUCCAACCUCAACCCCGCCCGAGGACGAGCAACCACCUCGGAAGAAAAUACGAAAGGGGACCCGCAGUUGUUGGGAAUGCAAACAUCGUAAGGUUCGCUGUCAUUUCGUUUCUGAUGGCGACCAAAGUUGUCGCGAAUGCCUGUCAAGGGGGUUUGCCUGUCGCAGCCAGGACUUACCAGAGCCCGAAAAUGCUCGCGAAUCAGAUCGUGCGUCCCUGAGUGAUCGACUUGGCCGCGUAGAAUCGCUUCUUGAGAGAGUUCUGCGACGGCUGGACACCGUCGGUGGUGUUGAGGAGGCGCAGGCGUCCAUGACGACUGAUAAUGAGAACGGCUUAACCUCUAGUGCAGCCGCCACGCCUGCAAAUGAAAACGCCCCAGUCCUGUCACUUUUUGAUAGUGGAGUAUGCAACCACUCGCGACUGGGAAAGCUACGCCAGGAGCUUCUGGAUUUGUUGCCAUCACAUAGCGCUUUGAGAAGACUUGAACAAGCCAAUAGCUGCUGGUGGCUAGUCAGGGCUCAAUGCUUCCAGGAAUACGAGGAAUCGCUACUCUCAAGCGCCGCGGCAGCCCGUUCGGACAGUCACCCAACCGCGAUCGCCAAAGUCCUUUUGUGGGUGGCCAUUUGUCUCCAGCAGCUCCCACGGGGAUCUGACAUUGAAUCAUUGGAACUUCCCUAUCCUCCCACCCGCCUGAUUGCAAACUGUGUCAAGCUUGUGGCACAUUCCAUCAGCUCUGACGAGACUUUAGUAAGUAGCCUUGAUGGAUUGGAAUGUCUAGUACUUCAAGGCGUACUUUACAACAAUGAUGGAAAACUGCGGAGCGCCUGGUUAUGCUAUCGCCGGGCGCUCAGUGUUGCUCAAAUCAUCGGGCUACAUCGCCUGGCCGCAGACUCGGCGGACGAGUCUGCCUCUGUUUCCAGGGCAAAACAUAUCUGGAAUCACAUCAUUUACGCAGACCGAUACCUCUCUUUAAUGCUAGGAAUGUAUCAUGGCAUCACGGACGUGGCCCUGGAUUCAAAGCGAAGCGGGGACCAGACACUGAAUCCACCCCCCAUGGAUGUUCUUUGUCGCAUAGCUGGAUCCAUUAUCGAACGAAACCAGAAGUUUAGCGGAAUUACACCUUCAAUGGUUCGAACGACACAAACCAUCGAUGCGGAACUUAUGUCAAUUGACCCUCCAUUGGUGGUUGAGGGCCCAACUGUCAUAUCGCCAGGAAAGUCUAUCGAGCGAGCUCAGGCCUAUACCAAACUUAUGACGCAGUUGUGGCAUUAUCAACUCAUCGCCUGGCUCCAUCUGCCACUGCUUUUGGAAUCUGGCACUGAGAGACGCUAUGACUACAGCAGGCAAAGCUGUCUAGAGGCAUCCCGGCAUAUGAUUACGUGCUAUACAUCGAUCCGUCGCCUCACUGCGAAUAGCUUUUGUUGCAAGUCGCUAGACUUCCAGGCAUUUACUGCCGCCGUCACUCUCCUGAUCAAUAUCCUCGGACCGACUGGUCGAUCCCACCCUGACUCCAAUGACUGGCCCGCCAUCGAAACCGUAAUGACAACCCUGGAGACACUGGCACAGGGACAGCCACCCGACAAGGUAGCAAGUCGAGGUCUUAGCGUUCUGCGGACUUUGAAAAGGGUUGCGACGAGAAACAACACAACCCAGUCUGGUCUCUCCGACAGACUUCCUCCCGUGGACGGCCAAUCUGGACGCAUCAAGGUUGACAUACCAUACUUUGGCACCAUUUCUCUUGACUGUAGCACUCGCAGUGAUACCCCAGAACAACAAAAGCUUAACGACGGCCCACCAAGGGUUAUUCGUACAGACCUGGCUUCCAAUAGUGCACUCUCCUCAAACGCCGGAAAUACUACAGAGGCAAGCACUGUGCAUGAUCAGGCUAUGAAUGUGGGGCCCUGGCCAGAAGCUCGCCUGGCACUUGGCUCUGCCGAUAUAUGGUCAUUUGAUCCGGAUUUAACAGUAUUGCCCUCCUUCUUGCCCGAUUUGGAAGACACCUGGGACUUGGGGCUUUGA